AUGCUUCGGAAGAGUCGAGGAAAGAUUUAUAUAUCCUUCGAUAUUUGGACCUCUCCUAAUGGCUAUGCACUGGUCGGAAUCGUCUCACACUUCGUUGACGAUGAUUACCAAGUUAGGGCUAUCUUACUUGGUAUUCGUGAGGUCUAUGGAGAGCAUUCAGGCGAGAAUGUUGGUCAAACAGUUGUUGACGUUAUUCGCGAAUUCCAGACUGAAUCCGAACUUGGCGCGUUUGUUCUCGAUAACGCCGGCAAUAACGAUACAGCAGUUCGCUACAUCCUCAAUGAACUCGAAUUACACGUUACACACGAAGAAGAGCAUUGCAGACUACGCUGUUUAGGUCAUAUUAUCAAUCUUGCUGCACAGGACUUCAUAUUUGGCCAGAAUUCAGAGAAAUGGCUGCGAGAGCAUGCUGCUAUCGAGGAUAGCGCAGAUAUCGAAGAUCUACAACGCAGCUGGGUCUCCCAGGGUAUCAUUGGCCAUAUUCAGAACCUCAUUUCGUUAAUUCGAAGUAGCCCGUAG